CGUUGGCCGCACGUUAUGACGGUUGGGCGGCGCGAGCCCCCCCCGCCACCUGGCCGUGCGCGCGCGCAUGGCGGGGAGUGGGGGGGGAAACGGGGCCGCCUCCGCGCAGGCGCGGUAGCGGCGCUUGGCCCAACGAGAGGGGCGGGGAGCGGCGGCGGCGGGGGCGUGGCGCGGCGGGGGGGGAGGCGUGGCGCGGCGGGCGCUGUCCUGGCGGUGAUGGCGGCCGGCGGCGAGGGGCGGUCCGGCAGCGAGGGCAGCGGCGGCGGCGGCGGCGGGGAGGGGGGCGAGGGAGGCGCGGGGGGCGUCGGCGGCGGCGUCGGCGCGAUGCUGCUGAACGUGGGUCUGCUGGCGCUGGCGCUGCUGGCGGCCUACCGGCUGUACGCCCGCUGGGCCAGGCGGAGCGGGCCGGGGGCCGCCGGGCGGCCGAGCCAGGCCGCCGCGCUGCCGCGGAUGAAGCGGCGGGACUUCUCCCUGCAGCAGCUGCGCCACUUCGACGGCGCCCGCGACCCCCGCAUCCUCCUGGCCGUUAACGGCAAGGUCUUCGACGUGACCAAAGGCAGCAAGUUCUACGGGCCCGAGGGUCCAUACGGAAUAUUUGCUGGCAGAGAUGCCUCCAGGGGACUAGCAACUUUCUGUCUAGAUAAAGAUGCACUCAGAGAUGAAUAUGAUGACCUAUCGGACUUAAAUGCUGUACAGAUGGAAAGUGUAAGAGAGUGGGAAAUGCAAUUUAAAGAAAAAUAUGACUACGUAGGUAGACUCCUAAAACCAGGGGAAGAACCAUCAGAAUACACAGAUGAGGAAGAUACCAAGGAUCACACUAAACAGGAAUGAACUUUGUAAACAACCAAAGUCAGGGGCCUUCGGAACUGCAACCUCUUAUUCCCCAUCACAGAAUGUCCUGCAUCUUUGGGUACAGUUCAUCUGCUGCGAAAAACAUUCAACAGGUUUUGUACAAGGAAAAUAAUAUACUCACAAAUGAAGAUUUGAAUACUAGACAUUAUUUGUGCUGCCAACCGUUUUGUUGCAGUUUAUUUGUAAUGUCUGGUAAGGCUUCGUUAGUGAAGAGGGGCCAGGGAUUUAAAGGCAAAAACGCUGUUCCUUUUUAUCAGUAAGCUGAAGCCUUUUCAAAUAGCAUAUAUUACAAGCUCUUUAAAGACGCGAGUCUUCAAGCUCAGUGAAAGAUUUGAAACUUGUUUCAUGUGUGUCUUCUCCUUCAGCAUUAAAGAAAGAUGUACUCAUGUACAUCAGUAUCAGUAGGUUAGACUACUGAAACUGGUGUGAAAAUGUGAAUUUCCAAUUUUGUUUUGUAUGUGGGCGCGUUAGUAGCCCUGGCAGAAUACUUCAGUUCUCUACGAGAAGUCCAUGCAGAUCAGGAUGGGGGUAAAAUUCAUCCUUUCCUCAAAAGGAUUGGGUAAAACUGUUUCCUCUGCAACAACUAUUAUCUGAAGCCUGCCCUCCCCACCUUCCUUUUUCCCAUUGUCUAAAUCAAAUCAAAUAUUAAUUGUGCCUUAUUUCGCUUACAUAAACUUGAAUUGUUUUAAGGGAAAGCCCCAAAUCGUGGUUUCAUAGUCACUACAAGCAGCAUUGAGACUGAAGUUAGAAAGUUCUGUUGACUGGAAAACCUUGAUGUCAUUCUGUGUAUAGAAUGUAAAAGAGGAAUACUCAGUGUUACUGCCAUAUGUUAAUACUACAUAUACUUAAAUUAGCAUUGUGAUGGCCAAAUGCAUACUCCCAUGCUUCUUUUUAAGUAAUUAAAAAAAAAAAGUCACCCUUCCUCCUCUUCCAGAAGCUGCCUAACUUUUGGGAGCAUAGCCUUCACACCCCUGUAGAGUGAAGGGGCGUGCGCGCGUGUGUAUGUGUGCGUGUCUGUCUGAAUGCAAGACUUGGGAGGGAUUGUUUCUGCAGAUAUUGUAAAUACGAGUACCAUUUUAAUAAAGCAUGUACAAUACCAAA